AUGGCCGCCGUCACCUUCGCAGUUUUACUGGGCGCUGUAUCCGCGUCUGUGCGUAGUGACUUGGAGCAUCUGGGGUCGUGCGUUGUCACUGAUGCGCUUGUGGUUGCACAGUGCAAGGCCUUGUUGCAGGGUCUCAAUUCCAACACAAAGGGCCUUCGUGAAGCCUGCCAGACUGCAGAUAUCCGUGGAAAACGAAAUGGAAUGCGUUUGAACCAGGAGGAACUCCGGGAACUCGUCAAGACAAAGCUUUUGAAUUUGUUGCCACCCGUGAAGUUUCAAGCGUUGCUCCAAUAUGCAUCGUUGGAGACGCACGUUGAGCUUCGUUCCUUUGGUGACGUCUUUGCGGCAGCGCAGGAAGCUGGAAGGAUCAAAGAACUCUUGCUUGUUUUGGGGCCUGGUCAGACCAGCCAAUCAAGAUGCAGGGCUGUUUUCCGUGAUUGGGGCGUGGCGCGGCGCGUUGCCGGUAGAGGUACCGAGCGCUCGGUCGAUGCAGCAAAGUCAGAACUGAUGGGUGUAUGUAUACGUUUUUUGAAAGAAUGCGAACACACUCCCGAUGGGCGUGCUGCAUCCUUGUCUGGGCCACCCGACCGGGGGCCAACCAGUCUCGCGGAGGCCGUGGCGUUGCUGCAGUGCAAUCGUGCUGUGCCUCUCAAGCGCGCAGUGGGCAAGAGACAGGCUUUGUCUGUGGCGCCUGUCGAGCUCAGCCAAUUGUUGGAAGGGUUGCACAGUGGGACAGUGACGAAGAAAGAGCAGGUUCCUUCUAUGUUAGUGGCCGGUUGCAAGGCACACAGGAAGCAUGCUGGUCGGGUUGUCCGCCCGGGGCCGGAGUUUGCCACGCGAGAGGCACACCGAGGAGCUGUGGAGCGUUUCCGAAGCCAUUUGCAGCUUGAUCCGCAAUGUUGGAGUGCCUGUGCAGUGGUGAACAUGCGGACUCCCCAGAGUCUGGAUGCCUUUGUGUGCACUUUGAAGGAUCCCUUACACAGAACAGCCACGCCCUUUGCGAAAGACUUUCGCGAUGUGCGCAUCCCGUCCAACUGGGAUGGACAGCACGUGCUUCGACGCAUGGCAGCCAUGGAGUUGCAGAAUGCGUCUGCGGUUGCGCGGCGAGAGGCAUUGCCACUUUUGGAUGGACCUUUGGUGGCGGAGAUCAUGGCGCUGCGAGGUGACGUAGAUGGCCGCAAACCAGUGGAGAGUUUUGAUUUGUUGGUCGCAGCUUUGAAAGAUGCGCAAUGCAGCAUGCCUGACCAACCGGCCUGGUUUCAGAGUGCCUGGGGUGUGAAAGAGCCGGAGCAACUACAUGCCCUUGCGCAAGACUUUGAUACAUUUCUGACGAAGCAUGACCUUCGGGAUCUGUGGACGGAGGCAUCUUUGGGUACUGCUAUGGUGUGGGUGGGCUGGUUUGGCAUAUUGCAGCAUCGGGAUCAAAGAAAGGCAAAGGUAGAGGAAUGGGUCUCGGAAAGCCGUGGUCUGUUCAAAAGUCCGCCUGCCCAGUAUGUAUUGUCAACUCGAAUGGAUACCUAUGCUUUCCCACCGUUUUUCAAAACCGAUGCAGAGUCCAUGUAUGGUGUGGCAGGUGGAGCAGAGUUGCCAAAAGGGUUGUUGCCUAUUUUGACAGCUCCUCGAGUGUGUGAACUGUGUGGAGAUGGAUUUGUGAAUUGGACAGAUCUGUCUGCGCACGUGGACCAGGCGCAUGUGAACUGGGCAGAGUACCGUAAGCGCGUCUUUUGGCAUGCGCAGCAUGAGGAAGCUGCUCCUUGUCAUGGUUUGCCAAUGUCUUGGGCCCGCAAAAGACGCAUCCUUGGAAACGCAACCGCCCAACUGGUCAGCGUAGCCAGCCAACCGUUAGGGGAUGAGUCUGUUUCAGCAGCAGUGAGAACUGCAGAGCCUCGAGCCCCCGAGCGCGAACCUCGUGCCAUGGUGGGAUGCGCUGUGUGCGCAACGAAGGAAUGGACCGAGCGGAUGCGCCGGUGCUACAUGUUUCGCACUUUGCCUUUGGGGAAAGAGGUGCGGGAGGAGAUGGACGAGGAGGAAGCAGCUGAGGCUCAAGCUGGUUCGGCAGAUGAGCAGGCGGGUCGUCGGCGGAGCAACUUGCUUCGAGAUAAGCACGGUCUGUAUUAUUUUGGACCAGCCGAAGAAAUUCAACAGCUUUUGGGAGUGGACAAAUACGCAGAGCGGUGGCCGAAGAUUCCAGUUGCCGAACUACACGCGAGUUCGGUGCAACAUCCGGAUCGCCCUGGCUACCGGUGGCUGUUGCACACACGCAGGGUACCUUUGCGGAAAAAGGCAGAGUCUGCGGUUGCGCGCGCAGAGGCUAGCGUCGCGGAUGCGCACGCGGAAGGUGAAGCUGCGGUUGCGCGCGAGGAUGGUUCCCGGGAUACAGCUGUGGAAGGGCAUCCGCCUUGCGCUGGCAUCGGGGACAGUAACGGCACGGUGUUCCUUUGUCGGUGGUGUUGUCACAGCUUGUGUCACCGGAAACCCACGCUUCCCAAGCGAGCGCUUGCCAAUGACCUGUGGGGAGGCCGCGAGCAUCCGCUUUACCAGAAGCUUCGGGACUUGCCGGCUGCACGGAUGCUUCUUGGACAAGCUCGGGUACUUUACAGGAAGGUAGUGUUGAACCACAAGCAUGGAAGAGAUGCGUGUGAGUUGCAACAUGGCUUGCAAGGCAAUACCACUUUCAUAGCGCAGCCGCGAACUUCAGCCGUGGGGAAGUCCUUGCCGCCUUGCAUGGAGGACGUGGGUCAACAGUUGCAGGUUGACCUGAAGGAGGAUGAGGCGCCCCCGGGAAUUGUAUCUGCUGCUGUGCGCAUGGAGGAAGCCAACAUGUUUCGACCGAAUUUGACAGGUCCGGCUAGCUCGCGAGCAGCGGACACGGCAGCGAGGUCGCGGGAAGAUGAAAUUGUAGAAGCUGACUUGUUGGAUGAAGAGCCGGAAAAGUUGGAUGCAGAGGCAGAGGGUGAAGAGUCCUGUGCGGCUGCGCAAGGAGAAGCGGGGAAAGCUCCGGUGGAAGAAGCAGAGAACCUCAUUGGACUUGAUGAGGCCGCGGACAACGAUCCUCUGCAGCAUUACGUCGUCCUACAGGAGCAAAUUCGACGUAUACAGGAGGACCAAGCUCGCAUUCAGAGGAAGGAAGUGACAGCCAUGUUUGCGGAUACCGUGCGACGUCAAAGCUUGCUUCUCGCUACAAAAAUGACGUUUCUCAGUCACAAGUCUUUUCAGUUAGACCUGCAAGCAAUCGCAAAGGCAAAGGCCGAGGAUUUCCAGGCUCUGCAACGCGUAGAAGAGUCCGGCGAUCAUCGGAUGCUUUUGGAGGUGACGGAAAGCGAACCGCCUGGACAUAUUGCGUUGGAAAAAGAAAAAGCUUCGCAAGAGCAGCGACCACCAAGACAUGGUUACAAGGAUGUACCGUUGACGGGCUGUCAUCAAUCUGUCAUGCCUCUCUAUCGCUUGCCGGGUGCUUUUGGAACUAUAUGCGAGCCAGAUGACCGGGGACUUUUCCGAGAGCCGCCGGCUGCGGUUGCGCGCCCAAGCAAGGACCAUCUGCUGUUGCGAUCAGAUGCGCAGCCGUGGGUUUUGGACGGUUGUCGUCGGGUCGUUGGUUUGCGGUUACCUACUGGACGUGUUGCGCAGUGGGAAGAUACGUGUGCAGAUGCAGAAGCUUGGGCAAGGGCAUUUGGAAAAGAUGUUCGAGGUCUCUUUUGUCAAAACCAUGACCACAACUGUGUCGCGACCUGUGCAAAAUAUGCUGCAAAACACAUGGGAGAUGAGACAGGCGCACCUCGGAAAACGAAGGCUUUGGAUCCUCGCUCCUAUUGUCGGUUUUUGUUUGUUCGUGUCGUGGAGCUGAAGGUCGGGGACAAGCUGAAGCGUUUACUGCGACGAGGGAAAGAAUUGGUUCGGAAAGCGAGUGUGUUUUACAGCAAUACUCGCAAUGAAUACGGACGCGUGCAAGUAGUUCGCAGACACCCCUUCAGAUCCACUUCCAAUGACCUGUGUCAAGCUUUUGCACGUUGUAAUGUGGAUUUGCAACGAAAUGAUCGCGUCGUACCAAGUGAGGCGCCGGAGUUCAGCCUAGUCGAUUUGAAGCCUGUGCAGUUCUUCUAUGGACACGCUCGAUUGUCUGCGGAUGCGCGGCAUAUCCUCGCAUGUUUGGCAGAAGGGGUGCGAAGCUCGCACGUGUGCGAUUUCUACAUGACCAAAUAUCUCGCCAAGGGUCAGCAAGUUCUUGCAAGUGCCAUUACUCCUGUUCUGCACGGCUUGGAACGUUUGGAUGCAGAGAUUACAGCAGGGAAAAAGAUCUUGGGCACCACCGAGGACCUAGCGCGUGCCAAAUUGCGGCGGAUUUUGUUUAGCGCCAACCGCUCUCAUUGGUUUUCCUCUUGUGAGCUUGCAAUCUUCGUCCUGACUGGUGGGCACAGCGUUGCCACACACAUCGACCGUCCUUUGUUUUUGAGCAAGGUUUUUUACUUGCUGGAAGAAGGCAAACGCCUGUGGAACGGAGCACUGGCCGGCGAUUUCGUGCAAGAGGCGGCUCGUCCAGCUGAUGUGGACGUGGUACAUGUGGUUCCAUUGCCGAGAGAAUCUACCAAACGUUCUGCGGAGCGCAGUUCCUUGGAACAGGACGGUUGUCACUCCGAAGACAAGAAACGACGGAUUUCCGAGUCGAGGUCUACAGCCGCAAGUGGUGAACAUGUUGAAGGAGAUGGUGCGGUUGCGGUGGAUGCAUCAUGUCUUGAAGUUGCGAAGACUGGAGAUGAAGCAUGUGUGGGUGCACCGUGUUGUGAGCGCGUGGACAUGGAGCCGGAACAACCUGGUGUUCGGAUGUUUCGCGCCACUGCUUCAACCUUCGAUGAUUGGCUGCAUCGUGGAUUCUUCCUACAAGAUUUGAAUUUUCACAGUUAUGUCGCGUAUAUUGAAAUCGUUCCUCGCCAACAGGGUAAGUUGGGCGAUUGUUUCCUCUUUGAUGAGCAUUAUCUGAAAGCAAAAACCUACUGGCAGCGGUUGGCUCCUCGUAUGGCCGUGCCACGCGUGGUAGGCGCAGCUUGCAGUCGCACGGACGUAGGGAAUGGUGAAGAAAACGCUCGCUACAAGUUGACCCUGUUUGGAUUGAUGCGUUGUCCCGGAGUGGGUGCCUGUGCUGACCCUGUGAGUUUGGCUGCAGCCUAUGUGUGUAGCCAGCAGACUCAGGAUAUUCGAUUCUCUCCUGCUUGGCGUCUUCGACGCGCAGAAGUGGAAGUUUUGGCCACUGAAGCUGAUCGGAAAAUUCGCAUAGCGAAGAAGUUACCCACACUGGCAGAUACCACGACGUUUCGCUGUCUGGAAGGUAAAGGUUUCACUUGGUGUCACAUUUUGGUUUCCCAAGCUCUGUACCAUGGACAUAACAAACAUGUCUGCGUCGGAACGCAAAAUUUCCAGAAGCUUGUAGUCUGUAUUUCUGCUUAUUUGGCACCAGUCGCGGAUACAUUCGCGGCGGAACAGUUACAUCUGGCUGAGUUUGUUGCGCAUAGAACACGGGACAUGGUGUUCCGCUUGGACAUGCAUACAGAAGCUCGAAACACUGCCAUUCAGAUAGCCAAGGACAAGACGACCGCGAGUGUCGAAGAUGAUACCGCAUCUGUUCGUUCGGAUGAUCAACAGAUCAUGGUCGAGAUCGAAAAUGUCGGUGGUGAACCCGACGCUGUCGAAGAUGACCGAGUGGGUGAAGCGAACGUGGAGCGACCCAUGGCAGGAGGCAUUGAACUCAUGACGCUCCUGCCGCAGGACUGCUAUGAUCCAGAUGCCGUGCGAGCACAUCUGCUGCAUGUCUCAGAGUUGGAAUCCGCAAAGCAGCGUGGCACCCGGACUUCGGAUGCAGUGCGCUUCAUGUUGGAAGUGGAGAAAGCAUUGAACACAAAAGUGGCACUUUGCCAUGAACACUUUCCCGUGGAGGACUCUGGAGGAUGGAUGCCACAAGCGUCCGUUGAGCUUUUGUUGUCUGCUCAGCAACAACAUGUGGAGUUCUAUCGCAAAAUGGAUUCAGCAGAUGACGCAGCGGAGGAGGCGACCGUUGCGGUUGCACACGCAGAAGAAGAAGCGGUUGUGCGCUUGGUGGCGGCGGAUCUGCGACUGCGCGGUCCGGCGGCGGUGGCGAAAGUGUUGGCCGACAGAGCCACUUUGAACCGCGAUCAACUUGGCUUCGUCGCCAUUGUUGCAAAAAUUCUGCAAGAUGCCUUUGAAUCACUUCCGCCAAGUGGCGAUGGUAUGCUCGCCAAGGAUCGUGUUCUGUUGCGAUGUCUGCUGGUUGGAGGCGGUGGAUGUGGGAAGACUCGGAUCAUCAACAUGGUUUUAAGACCGUUGUUUGAAGCAGUCUUUGGUGAUGGUUCCAUGCAAGCGCAGGCGCCUUCGAACAAAGCCGCUCGUCAGAUUCAUGGCCGAACCAUGCACAGCGCAAACAAGCUGCGCAAAGAUUCAUCUUUGCGGACCGUGCAUUUGCGUGUUUCCGCAGAGACACGGAAGGCUUUGGAAUGCAACACUGUCCCGCUGGCUGCCAUCGUCAUCGAUGAAUUCUCUCAAUGCAUUGGUCAGAUGCUGCAUGCGGAUGCGCUGCGGAAGUCUUAUGGUCGGCAAAGGGCCCUGGGGCUGGAGCUUCAUCGUUAUGCGGAAUUGGACGAGAGCUGGGGGCGUAUGCCGGUGGUCGUCAUUUCUGGGGAUGAACUGCAAUUACCUCCUGUUCCUUUUUCGCAUUCCUUGCUUGCCAGUGUGGAUGGAACCAGCGAUGAACAUAAAGCCGGCGUGCAUCUCUUCGGUCAAUUCCGUUAUGUGUACCGUCUGCAGACGGCCAUGCGUUUCCAGGAUCCAGUUUUGGAAUGUAUCCUGAGGAAAAUGCGAACUCCGGGUGGUGCGUUGUUGACGCAGAGCGAAUGGCAGGCGUUGGUGAAUACCAACAUCAGUGGAUCCGGCGACAGCGCUCGCUUGUCCGGCACUGAGCAUUUUUUCCAAGCUUGCUACACUUGGUCUGUGGUUAGCAUGGCCUAUACCAUUCGCAGUUUUGAAUCAGCAAAAGCAGCGGGCAAGACCUUGUAUGCCACUCGUGCUGUUGACAUGAUCCAAAAUCUGCAGGCCGACAAAGCUGUUGCUAUCGCCCGGGCUGUGGUUGCGCACCCAAACAUGAACGAGACCGGACGGAUUCCUCACUAUGGUCUCUAUCACGUUGGUAUGGAAGUGCGCUUCACUCAGACAGUCGCUGCUCCUCAUGUGGUGGUAGAUACAAUUGGAAUCAUUCGGGGUUUUGCGUUUGCUUCGGAGGAUCGGAGUCGCACUGAUUUGCAUGCAUCUUUCGUCGUUUUGCGACGCUUUCCGGAAGCUAUUUAUGUGGAGCUGCAAGAUGUGCCGCAGAAAUUUCUGCCCGAUGAAGCCUGUCUUGAACAUACACCGCACAUGGACGCCGAGUGUGCUGCAUGCUUGCGGAUGCGUGGCGUGUUUUUGGUGCGACCAUUUACGAAUCAACAAGGUUGGUCGCUGAAAGUGACGAUCCCUGGAUCCCUUGCUACUGGUACAGAAGAAGAGAUCUCUGUCAAGAUUCGUAGGACGCAGAUUCCGUUGGUGACUGUGAAAGCCAGUACUUUGCAUGUGUUGCAAGGUACAACGACAGAUCCUGGUUUGAUCUUUCAUUGGCGCUUCCCUCGUCGACUCCAAGCAGACAUGAGGUGGUUGGCUGCAUAUGUGGCCUUGUCACGUGUGCGCUCCUUGGAUCGUCUGCGAUCUGUCGGUCUCGACAGUAAGAUUCGUGCCAUCUUGGAACAAGGACCUCCAAAUACUUUGCCUGCCAGAUUCCAUGCCGCCGCGCGACACGGUCGGUUUGUGGUCCAAGUAAAGUUUCAAAAGGUGGAAGAGUACACAUAUACCCGGCAAGGCGCGCCGACCAAGGGAAAGCGGUUGCACGUGCUGUUUGCUAGCGCGGAAGAAGGUGCAUAUGUGUCUGGUCGCAUGGUCAUGUGGCAACAGAAGUCUGGCGAGUUGGAAGCUGCGGCUGCGCGCUUCCAGGUGGGUUUGCACUUCGAAAUGAAAUCUGUCGUCUUUCUCCAGAAAGAGGUAGCCGAAUAUAUUCACACUCCGUUGAAAGUGGUUCUGGAUCUGCGACAGACUCACUUCGAUUCGGUUCUACAGGGACAAUUUCCCAACUUUUGCCUGGGCCCACCGACACGUCUGAAAGACAUUCUGGAGUUAACAGAUGGUCGACAACGCUUCGAUAUCACGAGUCUCGUGCGGCUGCGCGGAGACCCGCGUACCGUAACCACCCGGCAGGGUCAACGUGUGGCGCAGGACAUCGUGCUUCGAGACGAGUCUUGUGUGCAAGACGGACAUCGGGCAGAGAUCACCACGUCCAUUUUCGCGGAAUCACAAGCGAAACUGGAAGAAUUUAUUGCUUUGGUGAAUCUGGAAAAGCCGUUGACUUUCUUUGGCUUCGAUGUGCAAGUCCGUGGUGCUGAAAUCAAGGUCACUCCAUCUUUUCAAGACUUUCGCUGUGAAGUGGCUGUCUCCGUCCGUGCGGCUGCGCAGGACGAAAGACAGAACGAGAUUUGGAAGGAAGCAGGGCAGACGCUGACGCAUGAAUGGCAGCCCUCGGUUUCUACGGACUACACAAGCAAAGAAGGCUUUUUAUCCUUUUGUGCUUUGCUGGAUGCGUAUAGCCAACAAGACGCAGCUGCCUUGCAUGGCAAGUUGUUUCAACUCAACAACAUCCAUGUGCCUUACCCACCGGAGCACCACACGGUGGAACGACGUGUGUUUUGGUCCACACGGAUUCGAGAUUGUAGCGGCAGCUUGGAAGUCGCCAUUCGACAAAAGGCAGCCUGCCAGCUCGCCAAAAUCGAUACAGCUGAUCACGAGAAUGCCGUCAUGGAGUUCAAUAGUCAGCAUGGCGGUGACCUGUUAUCGUGGCCUUUGCUUGCCAGUGUCAAGAUCUUGGUCACACUUCGUGGUGACAAUGACUCUGGUGCCACACAGGCGACUGACAGCGUCUCCACGACGAGUUCCUCGAAGCGGAUGCGCUUCUUAGUUGUGGAAGCUUCGGAGCAGGACCUGCAAGCGACGCCCACAAAGGCUGUGCUGGCCGUUGUUCAUGCCUUGAGCCAUGUGCCGUGCAGCGGAGAUGCGUUUGCGGCUGCAUUGCUGUCGCAAUUGACCAAGAAUAGUUUUGGCGUUUUUCAAGUGCAGCCAGAGGUUGUGGUAGCGCACCUGGAGACUGGUGCCUUGGAACGCCACGCUAAACGUCGCCGGGUUACUUGUGCGAAGGCCUUGGUGAUGCUUCUUUCGAAAGAAUGGACGCAGCAAGAAGCGUUGGGCUCAGACAGUUAUGGCAUUCGGUUGGUGACCAAGAAUGUUCGCGACGCUUUGGCUCCAGAUGCAGGCCCUGUGACUGUGGUGGCAUAUUGUCAGCGACAUGCUUUGAAGGAUUUCAUUUUGGAUCCUCCACGGACUGGAACCAAAACCCAAUACGCUCUGGCAUUGAUCUCCGAUCUGAGCACUACAUCAAGUGAAACCACAUAUGUGGUGGAACAAUUGCAGUUGCUGCAAGAAGGCGAUGCAGAAGCUGCAAUGAUAUGUCUGCGGCGUUUGGAGCAACUGACUGCCUUGAUCGCUUCUCGUCAACAGACGUCGGAUCCCCUACCAGCCUGGACAGACACAUUGGCGGAGAGUGCCUCCCGCGUCGCUUGUCCACGCAUCUCGGCCUAUCCCGCAGGGGACACAUGGGAGAGUCCAGUGAAGGCGUCCCAGGAGGUACCGUUCACGGCAGCUGACACCCCGGGCACAGGCUAG